AUGAAAACAGUAGCGCAUAUGAUUCGGCACUCAAGCGCACGUGAAUCAUCAGUGGCACAUUCCGAAGAACACAUCCCGACAUUCGAGCGUAAAGCCAGCGAUGGUGGAAUCGAACGAAAAACCCGAAACGGUAGUAUCGUGACGCUGGAUUUCGACUGUGAAGCACCAACGGAAGCCAGUCGCCGCAAAGAGCGCCUUCUGAAUGCUCUGAAGAAAGAGGUGUGGUGUUUGAUUAAAGUGAGAUUUCUACGAAAUUUAAUUCUGGCAUAUUUCAGGACUUCAUGA